CUACAAGCCAAUCAGGAAGAGGCCGACAGAGCGCCAUGGCUACCGAUCACGCGUUGAUCACGAAUCAACCACCGUUUAAGGGACCUAUUCACAUGCGAGCAUGUCCGGCGGAUCUGUCCGACGGACAGAUCUGUUGCGCGCUACUGACAUGCGAAUUUGUCCGUAUACAUUCACCGACAAAUCUGGAUAGACGAAGUUUUUGGUUCAUUCAGUUACUGAUUUCCGCGUUGUGAAAUGGAUAAUAAAAAGAAACUUGCGAUAAUUGGAGGAUUCAUAGUUUUAUUUGAUGAAAAGAAGAAGAAAAGACUGUGGUCAAAGCGGUGGUUCUUAGAAAGAAGAAAGUAUUCUCAUAUGAGUUUAAUUAGAGAACUCCAAACAACAGAGCCUCAUGAUUUGCACAACUUUUUACGAAUGGAUAAAGAAGCAUUUGAAAUAUUAUUACAAUAUGUAGACCCAUUAAUCCAAAGAAAUACCACCCAUAUGAGAGAAGCAGUGAGUAGCAGAGAGCGAUUAAUUGCUACGCUACGGUACUUAGCAACUGGAAGGAGUGUUGAAGACUUGAAGUUUAGUUGUGCAAUCUCCCCACAGCUUCUCGGGAAAAUAAUACCUGAAACUUGUUGGGCAUUAUUUAUGACACUAAAAAACGAAUAUUUGAAGUUUCCAUCAAGCACAAAUGAUUGGCUGGAAAUCGCAAAUGGAUUCAAACGUUCCUGCGACUUUGAACAUUGCUUGGGAGCCAUGGAUGGCAAGCAUAUUGCCUUAAAAAACCGCCUAAUAGCGGUUCGUUUUUUUACAAUUAUAAGGGAUUUUUCAGCACCGUUUUGUUUGCCAUUGUAAACGCUAACUAUGAAUUUAUUUAUGUAUAUACGGGAAUAAAUGGCAGAGUUUCAGAUGGAGGUGUCCUGCAAGAGGCCGAUUUUUACGAGAAACUCGAAAAUCAUACUUUAAAUAUUCCUCCUCCUCAUCAUCUUGAAAAAUCAGCAGUCAAAUUACCAUACGUUUUUAUAGGAGAUGACGCUUUUAGCCUAACAGAAAAUGUAAUGAAGCCCUGUUCAAUAAAUGGUAUUAGCCACGAUGAAAAAGUUUUCAAUUAUCGCCUAUGCCGAGCAAGGACAGUGGUUGAAAACGUGUUUGGCAUAUUGGCUUCUCGCUUCAGAAUAUUACUGAGCACAAUUACACUAAGUAAUGUAGAAAAAGUCGAUAAAGUCGUAUUGGCAUGCUGCGUAUUACAUAAUUUUUUAAGAAGAAAAUGUUCCAACUAUAUGAAUAUUCGCUCAGUUGAUCGCGAAAACAGUGAUCACAUUAUUCAAGAUGGUGAUUGGCGUGAAGAGCUUCGUCAGGUACAUGGUUUACAAAACAGAAGGACCUAUUACAAUGAUAUUGCUAAAAAUGUCAGAAAAGCAUUUACCAACUACUAUAAUAAUGAAGGAGGAGUAUCAUUUCAAGAAAAUAUGAUCAACGGAAAUUAAGAAUAAUCGAAAAGUCUUACAAAAAGUUGUAUUUGAUCGAAAAUGUUUGUAUUUUUUAUUAAAAAU